ACACUAUGUUAGAGCUGCUGUGUCAUGCAGGUGGUUAGUAAUAAUCAGAAAUGGUUGAGGAGUGUAACCCACUCAGUUUAGGAAUCCUGAAUAUCGUCGUGUGCGGAGCAGUUGGGAUUUCGGGGAAACCACUGGUCCAAAGCAAGAAAGUGAAAGUGAAAGUGGACAAAAACAUCAGUACAAGACUGCAGAGACAGAGCAGGGUACGCAGACGACUGUAGCUGCAAAAUGGCAAGAAAUACAGCAACAGUUACCCGCAAAGUCGUAGCUUUGACUUUAGCAGUCUGCGUCGACCUGUCCUUGUUUUACGCAGCGGGACUAGUGGCGACUCGCAGCGUGUUUGGACAUUUUGCGCGUCUCUGGGUCCACGCGGCUCUCCGGUGCUCGGCACUAACCGCCGUAACUCUGCUCGCCCUCGGAGACCUCAACCCGUUGCUGAUUCGUGUCAUCGCGUCGCACUGUCUGCUGCCCGCGGUGUUUGAGACCGGGACCAAAGCGCUCUACCACGAGGAGACCGAAUGUGGCUUGUCGGCGGAUGCGCGCUGCUGGCUCAUGUGUGCCGGAGCGUCGCUGGCCGGUGCGCUGUUUUGGGAAAUCACCGUCCCGGACGCCGACGACGCGGCUGCCGGUAAAGAGAAGAAGCAGAAAGCCAGAGUGCUGUUUGUGAGAGUCCUGCGCCUGUACUCCCCCGAAUAUCUGCUGCUGCUUGGGGGGCUUGUGAUGCUGACGUUGGCUGUUUUGUGUGAGAUGUUCAUUCCGUUCUACACUGGGAGAGUCAUUGACAUCCUUGGCACUCAGUAUCAGCCGAAUGAAUUUGUGUCUGCGCUCCUCUUCAUGGGCCUGUACUCUCUGGGCAGCUCUCUGAGUGCAGGCUGCAGAGGGGGUAUCUUACUUUGUGCCAUCAGUGCCUUCACAUGCAGGAUGAAAGUCAAGCUGUUUGGGGCUUUGACCAAACAGGAAAUUGGAUUCUUUGAGACCACAAAGACGGGUGAAAUCACAUCCAGGUUGUCUAAAGACACCACCUUGAUGGGAAGAGCGGUCUGUCUCAAUGUCAAUGUGCUGCUGAGGACGUUCAUCAAGACACUGGGCAUGAUCUCCCUGAUGAUGAAUCUUUCAUGGAAGCUCACAUUCCUCGUAUUGAUGGAGACGCCCAUCACUGGCCUCAUUCAGAACAUCCAUGACACACACUACCAGCGGCUGUCCCUGGCGGUGCAGGACUCGAUGGCUCAGGCAAAUGAAGUCGUGAACGAGGUAGUGUCCAGUAUUCAGGUGGUACGGAGCUUCAACACAGAGAAACACGAGGCCCGUCGUUAUGACAACCGCUUGAUGGACACACACGUCCUCAAGACAAGCCAGAACACCGUCAGAGCUGUUUAUCUUCUCGCACGGAGGUUGACAGGGUUAGGCAUGCAGGUCGUCAUGUUGUACUACGGCAGGCUGUUCAUCCAGAGUGGACAGAUGACCACUGGCAACCUGGUUUCCUUCAUCCUCUACCAGUCAGAUCUUGGAGACAACAUCAGGACACUCACCUACAUCUUUGGCGACAUGCUGAACUCGGUGGGGGCUGCUGGGAAAGUGUUUGAGUACCUGGAUCGAAAACCUCUGGUCAGCAUGGAGGGGAAACUCAAACCGGAUCAGCUGACAGGGCACGUCAUCUUCCGCGAUCUCAACUUCGCCUAUCCUACAUGCCCCAACAAAACAGUGCUGCAGGACUUUUCUUUGGAGCUGAAGUCAGGUCAGAUGACUGCACUCGUGGGUACAUCUGGAAAAGGAAAAAGCACAUGUGUGAGUCUGCUGGAGCACUUCUAUGAGCAGCAGGAUGGAGAAAUCCUAUUGGACAAUGAACCUCUGAAAUCCUAUGACCACCGCUUCCUCCACAAGAAGAUUGCUGUGGUGAGCCAGGAGCCUGUGCUCUUCUCUGGCUCCAUCAGAGACAACAUCGCCUACGGGCUUGCUGAAUGCUCAUUGGAUGAGAUCCAGGAAGCAGCACGCAAAGCCAACGCCCAUGACUUCAUCAUGAAGCUGGAGAAGGGCUACAAUACAGAGGUGGGUGAGGGCGGCGGCCAUCUAUCCAAGAGCCAGAAGCAGCAGAUCGCCAUUGCUCGAGCUCUGGUCAGGCAGCCACAGGUCCUCAUUCUGGAUGAAAUAACCAGCUCUCUGGACAUGACGAGUGAAAAUAAGAUCCAGCAGGCCCUGGCGAGUUGUCCCAACCAGACCCUGCUGGUGAUCGCUCACAAGCUGAGGACCAUUGAGAGGGCAGAUCAGAUCGUUGUGAUCGACGACGGCAGAGUUCAGGAACAAGGGACUCACCAGGAACUGAUGGACCUGAAGGGGAGCUAUUACAAACUGAGGGAGGGGAACUCACCACAGUGACAAACCGCUGUCACUGAGCCGUGCUGUGGAUCCAUGUCAUCUGUGAGACAAUUGUUCUGUGUGACCGUGAUGCACGUUGGACCAACAGCAGCUAACCUAAUAAAAGAGUUGUUAUUUCGUAAGCCAUACUAUUUUCUGUGUAAUAAAGUGGCCACACACAUACUGAACAUUUACACACAGACCUGAUAAAAAUGUUUAUGUAAAUAUUGUUGUAUAAAUAUUGAAAAUGAAAGAACAUAGACAUAUGUUUUUCAGAAAUGUUAAAAGAUGUGGAACCUUCUCAACUUUAGUAGUGUACUUUUGUUCUUAUACAUUUUGUUGAAAUGACAUUAGAUAUUGUAAAUUAGUCAAACAAAAUGUACGCUAUGGUUUUCUCUUUCAUGGCCUUGUAUUUGGGUACAGAUGAAUAACACAACAGCACACAGUUGACGCCAUAAACUUUUAUGAUCAGAGUGGCCUAAGGUUGCCUCAUGUGUACGUCCCAAAUAAAAGAUUGAUGUUUCAAACAGAAUAUUUCUGUUGGAUUAUA